ACCUUCACCAAGCGGAAGUUCGGGCUGAUGAAGAAGGCAUACGAGCUGAGCGUGCUGUGUGACUGCGAGAUCGCUCUUAUAAUCUUCAACCACUCUAACAAGCUCUUUCAGUACGCGAGCACGGACAUGGACAAAGUGCUUCUGAAGUACACAGAGUACAACGAGCCCCACGAGAGCCGUACCAACGCUGACAUUGUGGAGACCCUGAAGAAGAAGGGGUUCAACGGGUGCGACAGCCCCGAGCCGGACGUGGACGACACCAUCGAGCAGAGCCCUUUCAUGGAGGACAAGUUCAGAAAAGUCACGGAGGACAUUGACGUCUUGUUCAAGAGAUACGGGCCUCCGAACUUCAGCGUGCCGGUGACCAUAUCUGUCGGCAGUCAGAAUGCGUUGUCCUACAGCGACCCCGGCUCGUCACUGGUCAGUCCCUCGCUGGUGACCACCUCGCUGACCGACUCCAACCUCUUGAGCCCGCAGCAGUCAGUGAUGAGGAGGAACACAGUGUCUCCUGGCAUCCCCUCCAGGCCGCCGAGUUCCGGCAACCCAGGUGCGCUGGUGGGAACCGAGCUCUCCACAUCCAAUGGAGGAUGCCCGAGCCCCGUAGGGAACGGUUACGUGAACCAGAGGUCCUCACCCGGACUCCUGACCACCACCAGCCUGGGCAAGGUGAUGCCACCGAAGUCGCCGCCUCCCCCUGUUACACAGCUCCCGCUCGCCAACAGCCGCAAGCCAGACCUUCGGGUCAUUACCUCGCAGAGCAAAGGCAUGAUGAGCUCCUUGAGUACGCACCAGCUGACCCCUGCCACGCAGUCGCUCAGCACCCCAGUGGUGUCGGUGGCCACCCCGAGCUUGCUCCCACAGGGGCUGCACUACUCAGCAAUGCACAGCACUUAUAACACAGAUUACCAGCUGACCAGCGCUGACUUAUCAGCCCUGCAGUCAUUCAACUCCCCCGGUGGGGUGUCACUGGGCAACAUAACGACUUGGCAACAGUUGACACCGGCGACAAUUGGCAACAUGCUGGUUGGGCCCAACAACCAGCUACCUCAGGUCUCCACGCUGACCAUUGGCACCAGCCAGGACGUGCGGGUGAAGUCAGAGCCGGUGUCGCCCACCCGCGAUCGCACCACCCCCUCCAGCUUCCUGCAGCAGACGCCCCAGGACACCGGCCGCUCUCCGGUGGACAGCCUGAGCAGCACCAACAGCUCGUUCGAGGGGAGUGAACGGGACGAGGCGAGGGCUGGCUACAUCUCCCCCGUCGGACACAUGAGGGUGGGCGGGGAGGAGAGUGAGGACCCUUCCACCAAGCGCAUGCGGUUGGACACCUGGGUCACCUAACCUGACACCCCUCCCACCCCCACCCCCCCUGCACUCUGCUCAGCCCUCCCCCCAUAUGACCCUGGGCAGGGGGAGGUCUGAGGGAGGGGUGGAACCGCUGGCAGAGUCCUGCGUUACAGCCGAGCUUCACACCACACAGUGUCCAACCCACCCCCACCCACCUACCCGUUCUUGUCAACCAAAGACUCCUGGUGAAAACUGGCACUGAUAACGCACUCUCCCCUCUCCCCUCCUGCACCAACCCCCCGGACCCCGGACUCAUUACCACCCACCCGACACCACCCUCACCAGUGGGAAGAAAUGCCCUAGGGUGGAUGCCUGCCCAAGGGCUAGGAUUUGAGCCCAGUGGUCUUGCUGUACAGAAGUCCCUGCUAUGGUCAGUGAGGAGUGGGUGGGAUGGGGUGUGGGCCAAGGGGUAUGAGGCCAUGGGAAGGCUGUGUGAUGGGGGAGGGGAACAUUCCCCACCAUCCCCCAAACCUCUGCGUACGCUGUUACUGAUCAACAUCUUGUCCAGGGCUUGACACAGUUUCUCCUGAUCAGUCCCACACCUCUCUGUCUCUGUCUCCUCCCCCCCUUGUGUUCUCUCUCUCUCUCCCUCUCUCUCUCCCCCUCUCUCUCUCUCUCCCUCCCUCUCUCUCUCCCCCCCCCUCGUGUUCUCUCUCUCUCUCUCUCUCCCCUCCCCCCUCGUGUUCUCUCUCUCUCUCUCUCCCCUCCCCCCUCGUGUUCUCUCUCUCUCUCUCUCCCCUCCCCCCUCGUGUUCUCUCUCUCUCUCUCCCCUCCCCCCUCGUGU